CUCACUCAUUGUUUCUCCACAACAAAAAGCAUCUAAUUUGGCCAACCGCAAUCUGUAAGGAAGACCAAGAUCGAUCGAAUCAAAGCUAAACCACACAUAACCAUGAUGCGAGCAUUAAUCUUCUUUGUUCUAGUCCAAUCUAGUUUGGCACUCAAGAUUCUGUUGACGAACGAGGCCGGGAUUGAAGACGAAGGGUUGACGAUUCUUCGCGACGCCUUGUUGGAGAGAGGCCACCAUGUGUGGACGUUUGCUCCCAAGGAUGACAUGACGGGGAUGGGCGCCGCUCUUUCCAUGCCCAAUGUCAAGGUAAAAGCUCAUGGCAAGGCAGAGGAGAAAAUGUGGGAGGUGGACGGAACACCCGCCACCGCCGUCUUGGUGGGCGUCUCCAAGAUGACCCAGAAAAAUUCCGAAACGCACAAGCCCAUGCCAGAUCCCGAUUUGAUUAUCUCAGGUAUUAAUGUUGGUUACGCCAGUGGUCCCAUGGAUAUCCAUUCCGGUGCCGUCUCGAGUGUCUUGACAGCAUUGGGCAAGGACAUUCCUGCCUUUUGUAUCUUGACGAAUCUCGCACAGGACAUUGACAAACUGGAGCACUUUGAACACGCUUCUGUCUUUGUCAGCCAUUUGGUGGACGUCUUGGUGGAGCAAAUGGUGGUCUUCCCCAUUGGAGUGGGGCUCAAGAUUGGUUACCCCGCCAAGCUUCCCAAGGAUAUCCCUCAAGUCAUUCUAGCUGGGUACGGACACUACAACCCCUUCAGCUAUGGCUACUACGAAGACCCGGAUCGCAAGGGAGUCUUCCGUAUCGGACCUGCUCCUUCGGCCCAAAAGUUCCACGAAGACAGUGAUGCCCACUUGGUGGAAGCUGGCAACAUUGGUGUCUUGGCCAUUUCGAAUGACGUGAGUUUGCACAAGUUGGACGACAACGCCUACUUUGUGGACGAUAUUGCGCACGUUUUGGCAGAAACAGACAGUCGCUGGGAACGUCAUGAAAAGUCCGAGUAAGUUGAGAGGGUUUCUCUGUGAGUGGAACAGAAGUAAAUGAGGAGGUUUGCUCCUUGGGUCGAUCCAUGGUUGCGUCGGUAUCGCAGCUUGUUUUCGCGGACCACAGUGUAGCGGCGAAACGACCAAGUAGUAGUUAAAACAACAAAACAUAAUUGCAUGCAUAUUCAAGU